GUUAGUUGGUGUUGAGAGAGAGAGAGUCAGUUGAUUGUUAAUCUUAAUCAUGGUGGUUUAAUUUUGAUUAUGAUUCAUUUAUUUUUUGUUCAGUUAAACUACCUGUUGAUAAGAUGCAUCGUUUGAAAUCGGAAGAAGCCUCUGUUAUCCCACAUGAGGAAGUAGCUGCUCGUUUGUCAACCGAUAUAAAAACUGGUCUCACCUGGAGAGAGGCUGAAACCCGACAAAAGUUGUAUGAUUUUAAUGAACUUACCGUUCAAAAGCAACAAUCUCUAUGGUCAAAAUAUGUUGAACAGUUUAAAAAUCCAUUGAUUCUCUUGCUUUUAGCUUCAGCAGUCGUCAGUAUUUGCAUGGAACAAUUUGAUGAUGCAUUUAGUAUAACUGCGGCCAUUUUGAUUGUCGUUACUGUUGCCUUUAUUCAAGAAUAUAAAUCAGAGAAAUCAUUAGAAGAAUUGAAUAAACUGGUUCCACCAAAAUGUACAUGUUUAAGGGAAGGUAAUAGUGAAACUUUUCUUGCCCGGAAUUUGGUGGUUGGUGAUAUUGUUUUAUUGAGCAUUGGUGAUAAAGUACCGGCUGAUAUACGGUUAAUUGAAGCUGUUGAAUUGGCUAUUGAUGAGAGUAGUUUCACCGGUGAAACUGAACCAUGUUUAAAGACAACAUCGCCCCUUGUGAUUAAGGGAAAUGGUGGUGUUGCUCAGAUGAAGAAUCUCGCCUUCAUGGGAACUCUAGUUAGGUGUGGUUAUGGUCGAGGAAUUGUUAUCAAUACUGGAGUUUACUCUGAAUUUGGUGAAGUUUUUAAAAUGAUGCAAGAAGAGGACUCGCCUAAAACACCCUUACAACGAAAUAUGGACACUUUAGGUAAACAAUUGUCCUUCUACUCUUUUGGUAUCAUUGGUUUUAUCAUGUUCCUCGGUUGGUUACAAGGAAAACCUUUACUUAAAAUGUUCAAUAUUGGUGUUAGUUUAGCUGUUGCUGCGAUACCUGAAGGUUUACCCAUUGUUGUAACUGUGACCCUUGCCUUAGGGGUAAUGAGAAUGGCCAAAAGGAAAGCAAUUGUUAAAAAAUUACCCACCGUUGAAACGCUUGGCUGUGUGAACAUAAUUUGCUCCGAUAAAACUGGAACUUUAACCAAGAACGAGAUGACAGUCACAUCCAUCGUAACUUCAGAGCUUUACUUUGCUGAACUAACCGGUGUCGGUUACAGUUCGAAAGGUCAAUGUGUUCUAAAUGAUGAAGUGACCGAUACAAGUGUUCAAAUAAAUUCAAUUAAAAGUGUCUUAGAAAUAGGUUGUAUAUGUAAUAAUGCCGAUGUGAUUGGUGGACACUUGAGAGGUCAACCCACCGAGGGAUCUCUUAUCGUGGCUGCUCAAAAAUUGGACAUGUAUGGAGUUCGUGAUAAAUUUCACCGUGUUCAAGAGCUUCCUUUUAAUUCAGAUCAAAAGAUGAUGAUAGUCAAAUGUGUCGCCAAAUUUAGUCCAACCAAAGACGAAAAAUUUUUCGUCAAAGGUGCAAUCGAACGGGUACUCAGUAGUUGUACUCGUUAUUCGUCCAACGACAAUCUUGUGCCUUUAACUUCAGAAAAGAAGUCACAGUUUCUGAGAGAAGCUCAAAUUAUGGGUCGAAAAGGAUUACGAGUGUUGGCUAUGGCUUAUGGAAACAAAAUGGAGGAUUUGGUUUUCGUUGGCAUGGUUGGGAUUCUUGAUCCACCUCGACCUGGAGCCGCUGAGGCAAUUAGAACCCUUUAUGGGAGUGGAGUUCAGGUCAAAAUGUUAACCGGCGAUUCGGAAGAAACUGCUUGCGCUAUUGCAUCCCGUUUGGGUCUAUAUGCUUUUGGAAGUACAUCUCUUUCCGGUGAAGAGAUUGAUGCCAUGAAUGAACAAACUCUUCAAGUAAAGAUACCAACUGUUACGGUAUUUUAUCGUGUCAGUCCAGGUCAUAAAUUGAAAAUAGUGAAAGCGUUACAAAAAAAUGGUUACAUUGUGGGCAUGACGGGCGAUGGUGUCAACGAUGGAGUUGCCCUGAAAAAAGCGGACAUUGGAAUAGCCAUGGGUAAAAAUGGAACUGAUGUUUGUAAAGAAGCUUCGGAUAUGAUUCUGGUCGAUGAUGAUUUCUCGACAAUCAUGGCUGCAAUUGAGGAAGGAAAAGGACUUUAUCACAAUAUCCGAAAUUUUGUUCGAUUUCAGUUGAGCACAUCCAUUGCAGCCUUGACUCUAAUCGCUUUAUCAACAUUAAUGCGUAUUCCUAAUCCAUUGAACGCUAUGCAAAUUUUAUGGAUCAACAUAAUCAUGGACGGUCCUCCCGCUCAAAGUUUAGGAGUCGAGCCCGUUGAUCACGAUGUACUUAAACAACCUCCUCGAAAUGUUAAACAUCCAAUGAUCAACAAAGAUCUGAUUUUCAAUGUACUACUUUCUGCUGGAAUCAUUAUCUCGGGAACAAUAUUUGUCUUUAUGAAAGAGAUGAGUGAUAAUCAAGUAACUCCUCGUGACACAACCAUGACUUUUACCUGUUUCGUAUUUUUUGACAUGUUUAAUGCCUUAAGUUGCCGAUCUCAGAUUAAAUCCGUUUUCACAAUUGGUCUCUUCUCGAAUAAACCUUUCCUUCUUGCUGUUGGAGGUUCAAUUGUCGGACAAAUGCUUGUCAUCUACGCUCCACCCUUACAGAAAAUUUUUGUCACCGAACCAUUGACACUAAUUGAUUUGGCAAGUUUAUUCCUGUUGGCAUCAAGCGUUUUCAUCGUCACUGAAUUGAAGAAAGCAUUUGAAAGAGAAUCAUUAAAGCGAAAGAAAAUGAAAGAUGUUCAACAAAAUCAUAUGGUUUAAUUAUCUAAUUAUUAAUCCGAAAUGAUCAUUCUAAUGAUAAUCAACUUUAAUACCUGAUGGCAAGAUUAAUUUCUAAUUCAUCUUCUGUCAUCAUCUUUACCAUUGACAGUUUAUUAUAAUUUUCCAACGUUAAUCAUAUUUAUCAACGUGGAUGGCAAAUAAUUUUCAUUAUUCAAACAGGACGAUGGAAAUAAAUUGUUCCAGGAUAACAAUUUACUAAAGGAAUCAAUCUCUCUCUCUUUCUCACUCUAAUUCUCGGCAAAAAUAUCCAUAAUGACCAUGAAGAUAACAUUGAUCAUGACAUCACCAUCUCUCUCUCUCUCUUCAUCUUAUAACAUCAUGAGGUUGGACAAUAUUACCAAAACUCUGUCAACAAUUGUCACUAAUUGUGAUUUACUUUUCCUUUCUCAUAUCAUGCAUACAUAUUACCAUUAUUAUCUCAGCUAAUCAUGAUGUUCAUUAUGAAUCUGAUUUCCGUCUAAUCAUCAAUCUCUUUGCUUCCUCUUUUUUUACUCUAACAAAACAAUCACAAUUAGUCAAUCUCCCUCAAAGCUAAUUUACUUGACAGACAAAAAAAAAGUUACUCUAUAUUUUUACAAUUAACUAAUCAUAUUUAACCUGAGAGUAUAAUUUAUAGCUAAUUAUUAUCAGAGACUUAAAUUAUCAUCAAUCAUUGUUGAAACAAUAUUAACGUACCCUCUUAAUUGUGAUCAGUGUUAAAGUUUAAUAUUGUUAGAAUGUGCAAUUGAAAAAUCAACAACAAUCAACAAUUUUAAAUUGCUUAUGCUGAUUUAAUUAACUGCUACUGAACAAAUGUAUCCUCAUCUCCCUUUUUUUUACAAUCCGUUAAUCACAAUUAACCCUCUACUCUAAUUUUCUCAUUACAUGUUUGCCUUUCUCUUUAAUUUCAUUUAAAUUGUUAUAUGAUCGCAAUCAAGUUGAUUGUUUGUGAAACUUUUCUCAAAACUCUGGUCCCUCUUUUUUGAUUAAUAAUCAUCAAAAUCAUGAUCGUCAACCAAUUGUGUUGAUUAUCUUAAUUGUUAAUCUCCGUUUGAUGAACAAAAAAAAACUCCACAAUUUAAUCAACUCAGUAUUCACUUGUAAACCAAAACAACUGAAAACGUUUUCUAAUCAAGAGUAAAAACUAAUUUCUCUCCAUCAAUUAA